CACCCUCCUAUACUUAUCCUCCGUGGCGCUUCAUUAUUACGUCUGCUUGGGCGGUGACGUACUGGUCGGUCGUAGCCACUUCUAAAGUGUCCAUCGUAUUUAGUUGUGUGAGAACGAAAACACCGGAAACCUUCGUCUUCGAUUUCAUUCACAAUUCAGGUGACUAACCGCAAAAGAUACAUUUAAAAAUGGCAGCCGCAGCGGAAAAUGGUGCUCCCAAGACCGAACUGCAGGAGUUGCAGAUGAAAUCCAAUCAAGUCACCGACGAGUCGUUGGAGAGCACUCGUCGGAUGAUGUUGCUGUGCGAAGAGAGUCAAGAUGUUGGUGCCAAAACUCUUGAAAAUUUGCACGGACAAGGCGAACAACUGGACCGCAUUGAAGAGGGUAUGGACCAAAUUAAUGCGGAUAUGAAAGAAGCCGAGAGUAAUCUGGCAGGCAUGGAGAAGUGCUGCGGGCUGUGUGUCCUUCCUUGCAACAAAUCGUCGCAAUUUAAGGAAGAUGAAGGAACGUGGAAAGGCAACGAUGAUGGUAAAAUAGUCAAUAAUCAGCCAACUAGGGUCAUGGAUGACCGCAACGGAAUUGGUCCAGCAGGCGGUUACAUUGCCAAGAUCAGCAAAGAUGCUCGAGAAGGUGAAAUGGAGGAAAAUAUGACCCAAGUGAGCACCAUGAUUGGUAAUUUGCGCAAUAUGGCCAUCGACAUGGGGUCAGAAAUCGAGAACCAGAACAGACAACUGGAUCGAAUCAACGCCAAGGGUGAAUCCAACGAGAACAGGAUAUCUAUCGCCAAUCAACGUGCUGGACAAUUACUAAAGAAGGCCUAAGGAAAUUCAUUACUGGACGAAAAUGAACUCUACAAAAGGGAAGAAAAAAACAAACAGAAAGCUGUCUUUGUCUGCCGGUGCGAAAAAAAAAAUAGGUGGAUAAAAAAAAUAAAAGGAUUCUGACUUUGUUUAUGUUUCUGAUAUCACAGUAUUUGUUUUAUUUGAAUGUGUCGUUAUCGGCGGCAUCUUACGAUAAGUGCUUGACAACUUCUUACUUACGACCGUAUCUAGUUGUAUUUCUCCUUGUAUCGAUUCCGUUUCCAAAAUUUGUGCAAUAACGCUUCCGACCACGAAUUUUCUUAAAAUCAACACCAUCACAAUAAAAAAAAUUUUCUUUUCUUUUCCCAAUAGCACUCUUGGCUUGUGAACCCCUUCGUUGUUUGGUUUCAUAUUUCAGUUUCUCCAUGUGCUGUCUGCCGUUUAAGUUAUCCCAAUUUUUACAUGUACAGUUCAUGUUCUUGUGGCUUUUGUAUUUGCUCGUGGCUGGACAACAGAUGCUUCAUUUUCUUUCCCUCUUUUUCGUUCUUGUCAAUGUUUUUCCCUUUUUUUUUCCGAACUGCAAGGCGUUAUAUUUCCCGUGACUCGAUACCGUCUAAAGUCCCUUUGACCUGAUACAUUUUCGUUGGUUCCUUGUUCACAAGUUCGUCCAUCUCCAAACUUUCGGUUUUUGAUUGAUGAGCGCGAUGGUUAGAUUUUGUUUCACCCCUUUCUCUUUCUUUCUUUUCUUUAUACCGAAACUGCAUUUACUUUACGCUAGCCUUAAACCUCCUCUCUGGUUGUGGACGCACAAUCCUGCUAAUUAGGGAAAGAAAAAGAAAAAAACUGUUCCAUCGCAACUGGAAACCUGCCUUGUCCAUGAUUGGCAGGAAGAGAAAAAGUCGGUUAGUCGGAUACCUUUGCCAAAGAAAAGUCAUUGCUGGGGUGGCAAAAAAAAAGGGUUUGUAAAGAGGAGGGAAGAAGCGGCACUUUGAAGAGUUUCAUUUUUAUCUCCUUUGUUUGUUGUGAUAAUCGAAAAACAAAAAUCCAGUAAUAAGUUACGUGAAUGACUUUCUUUUGGGUCACCUGCAUGACGUUCGUUACAUCGAAAUACGGAGAAUCAUUAUGUGCUACGUGAACAGACUCAAUUGAAGAUGCAAAAGAAAAAAAAAAAAAAAACAAUAACAGAACAAGAAAGAUUGGGACAUUUUAGCUAGUUGGACGUGGUUUUGCUACCGCUGAGAAUUCUGAUCCGCUGUUUUCAUCUUUUUCAUAAGCAUAGUCUCUUUUCUUAUAGUCCAUUUUUUAAAAAUUAUGUGUCUCUCAUUAAUCCGUUUACUUGUGUAUCGAUGUUGGUAUUAGUUUAUCUAGCUUUAGCCAUUCCUGAUACAACUCCAUAUUAUUACUCUCUAUUAUUAACCUCCCUGGCCCAAACCCAACCAGCAACCGUUUAUAUACACACUUCAAUAUCG